AUGAGUAUCAAACGCUCGGAUGAGCGCAUCACCUUUGUUCGCCACUGCACGGCGAGUAAUAUGCGUAUUGAACUCUGCUAUCAAUGCUUUGGAGAUCCAAAUGAUAAAUUGCCGGUGGUUCUCUUAAUUGGUGGUCUCAAUAUGCAAAUGUACGCCUGGGAUGAAUCCUUCUGUGAGGAGUUAGUACGCCACGGCUUCUUUGUGAUUCGCUUUGAUAAUCGCGAUAUUGGCCAUUCUACAAAGAUUGAGGAACGUGGAAAUGUCAUCUCCGCACGUCUUUUAUUACCCCAAACACUUGCCUUUGGGGAACGUUUACCAUACACCAUUGAAGAUAUGGCUCGUGAUGCCCUCUCAUUAUUGGACAGUCUUAACAUUCCCUUUGCACACAUUAUGGGUAUUAGUAUGGGUGGAAUGAUUGCACAGACUGUGGCGUUAUUAGCCCCCCAACGUGUGUUGAGUCUCACAAGUAUAAUGUCAACUACAAAUGCGGCAGACUUACCAGAUCCUCAGUUUUGGGUAAAGAUGUGGUUACUGCGAAAACCACCUGCAAAUUGCAGUAUUGAAGAACUUUUAGACUUUCGUGUAAACUCACUGAAAAAACUUUUAGUUGGAACUCUUCCAGUAGAUGAUGAAUAUCUUAAAAAUCGUUAUUUAAUUUCCCUUCGACGGAGUUCCUACUCUGCAGGACUUAUUCGUCAAGCCGCUGCUAUUCGCCGAUGUCCAGGUCGAGAUGAGGCUCUUCGUUCACUUUCUUGUCCAACACUGGUUAUUCAUGGAAGAGAAGAUGUAUUGAUGCCCCCAGCACAUGGAUACCGCACCGCUUCCGUCAUUCCACAGGCGAAAUUGGUAAUAUUAAAUAAUAUGGGACAUUACUUUCACCCGGCUUUCUUUACUCCUAUCAUUACACAUUUUGUAGAGGUGGCGAAUACCUGUAAUGAGAAUAAUACCUGGAAAAACCGUUCUGGAUUAGAUGUACCAGAAGUAAUACCAGUACUGAACGGUCUCUCAUUAGAGGAGUACAUGGCUACUAAGGAAAAGGAGAAGGAAGAUAAUAUUUCAGAUAAUACUAGUUCUACUAAACCAAUUACAACAAAAACAACUACAACAACCACCACCACCACAUCAUCAUCAUCAAUAACAAUGCCUGAGGUGGUAUUAGAGGAACAGAAUAAUACUAAUAUAUCCACAGCCAAUGGUGAAGGGGAAAAUAUGGAGGUUGACCCACUUUAUUCAAGUGUAACAGGGUUUGAUAUUGAAGAAGUACGGUCAAAUAUUAUCAAUGAACAGAGAGCAGAGGCAUCUCUUCUUAGUUCACCGAAGUCGGAUGAGAUGAAUGAAAACUAA